CGAUAAUGCGGAAGUAAACAAACGCAUCAACAUCACCUACAAUGACAGGUGGUAAACUGUAUUAACUUAAUACUAAAGUGACAAAACAGUUCGUUACUUCAUAAUUGAACUGAAUUUUGACAGAAAGAUGGCCUCAGAAAACCCCAAGGUUUCAGCGAGUGCGAAUGAGUUUACCUUGGAUAUAUACAAAGCGGUCACAGAAUCAUCUAAAAAUGACAAUCUGUUUAUAGCCCCAACAAGCAUUUUGGUUGUCAUGGCAAUGGUUCAAGUAGGAGCAAGAAAUGUUACAAAAGACCAGAUGGUCGCAGCAUUAAAACUAAAAUUUAGGAAUGAAAAAGAAUUGCUCGAGGAAUUUGAAUUAUUUUCAAAAGCACUGAAUCAAGGUAGUAGGGAUGUUACUCUUCAGUCUGCUAACAAGCUUUACCCGGACAAAGGGAAGGACAUUUUGCAGGAGUACAUAUCAGUUGUUUCAAAGCACUUUGGAACUGAAAUCGAAGCUUUGGAAUUUUCCACCAGUCCUGAGCCGUCUAGAAUGUCAAUCAACAAAUGGGUUGAGGAAUUUACAAACCAUAAAAUCAAAGAUCUGCUACCCAAUGGUUCUAUCAAUGCGUUGACUAGACUGGUAAUUGUAAACGCAAUCUAUUUUAAGGGUAACUGGGCAACGCAGUUCAAACCGGAAAAUACCAAGAAAGAUAAUUUUCACCUUAUUGGCGGCAAAACUGCUACUAUUGACAUGAUGAAUGCCGAAAUGGAAAAUGUUCGAUAUGGCGAAAGUUCAGAACACGCCUGUAAGGUGCUGCAUCUACCAUAUAUAGGUGAAGAACUUGCCAUGAUUGUUGUCUUGCCGAAAGAUACUGAUGGGCUACUGAAGCUGGAACAAAGUCUGGACUCGCCGACCUUAAAUAAAAUCAUCAAUGAUGUUAUUACUCCAACGGUUGUAGUAUCGCUUCCUAAGUUUAAACUCGAAUCUUCGUUCGCUCUUUCCAACACGUUGUCCGCAUUGGGUAUGGUGGAUGUCUUCAGCGAGGCGAAAGCCGAUCUAUCAGGCAUGGGCAAGAAGUUGUACGUCUCUCAGGUGUUUCACAAAGCAUUUGUUGACGUGAAUGAAGAGGGUACUGAAGCGGCUGCAGCUACAGCUGCAGUGAUGAUGACCUUUUCUCUUCCCCCUCCACCCAGCGAAUUCAAGGCGGACCACCCGUUCCUCUUUCUGAUUUGGAACUACAAGCUCAACGCCCCUCUCUUCAUCGGAAGGUAUAUGCAUCCACCUUCAGCGCCCAUUCAGACUCAUGAGGAACUGUAAUCAUAUUUCAAGAUCUAGCAAAUAUUUGAGACAUUUCUCUUAGAGUACUCUGAAUGCUCACGUGCAUGAAAUUCUUGAGAUUUUUUUUCAUAAUUAUUUCAUGCUUGUAAACUUAAAAUAAUCAUAUAUUCAACAGCUUGUAUUGUUUUGUAUAUUCACUACAUGUUUGUGACUAUAUGUGGAAUUGUAUCAUUAUACUUCAAAUUAUAAUAUAACAGUACAAGGGGUCGGACCAUGGUGAAGUUCAAGUCCGUUCCUGAAGUGAAAAUGUCGUUGACUUCAAAUUAUGAUACACAUCACAUACCAAACUGAAAGACUCGUGAUCAUUAGCGAUUCUCAGGUCUAAAAACGUAUCCUCUCAAUACCAAACAAUUGUGCAGAACUUUGUUUACAUUUCCUCCAAAAUGUGGGUAAUGUGCUUGCAAUAAACAUAAUGGGGGUUAAGGUACAAAAAAUCGGCGUGGAAACAUGUACAGUCGAGUAAUAACCAUGAAGUUUGGAAAAUAGGAAUAUAUACAUGCAAUCACAGUUACAACAUACACAGAUAUGCCAUAUUUGCCGAGAAAAUACGAAGAAAUGAUGAUAUAAUCAUCACGUUUAUUUGUAAACAUUGCCUCCUAAGCAAUCUGUUCAAUAACUUUUUUUAUCUUUAAAGUUAUGAUACCAAACUAAGAUGUCGAACGAAGAAUAUGUUUUUCACCACAUACUUGACGCAUACAUUUUUCAAAAUUAAAAGAAAAGGUCUACUAACCAGGCAAAAGUUGGUACCAGAACCAGUACUUUUCAUUCUAAAUCCGCCAUUUUGUUUGGCAUGAAACAUUUUUCUGCAUGAAACGAAAUUACGUCCUCCCCCUUGAACUUUCCUAUACCAGCUCAAUUAAAACAAAUAAAAUAUAUUUACUGGACGUUAAUUGCCUCACCGGGAGUUAAACUAGCAAGCUGACUUUUAAGCAGAACCCAUAAACUUGAAACGCUGAUUAUUGAAGGCCCAUAACUCUGGCUUUAGUUGUCAGUUGCAAUUGGGUUAAUUAAAUAAACGAUGAGUGUCGUCACGUUUUAUACUGACAAUGAUCGAGCAUGUAAAUGCUGUGUAAUUUACUACCUGUAAUUUGUACCAUGUUACAGUUCAAUUAAAAGCAAGUAGGCAUGGCAAUGAAGGCUGCAAGUACAUUAAUACUGUUGGGGAAGUGGCAAAAUUAUUAACGGCUGCAGCAUCUUCAUUAAGAAUUCGAAGAAUGAUUAAACUUAUUGACGGUGUAUGCAUACAUAAUAUUUUGGUCUCGAGAUAUAUCGGACAAAAACAUAAGAGUGAUGCAACUUUAUAUUCAAAUAAAGUUGGUUUACUUCUUGUGCAAACCAUAUAUACAAGCGUGGCAAAACUUGGCGCUCAUAAUGUCAAGGACAUGUUCAGCAAUCAAAUAAGAGCCGUAGUGGUUCCAGAGAG